UAUGAAUGAGGCGUAUCCACGCGAUGGACGAGGUGCCGUCGUCGGUGAGCAGCCAUCGGAGAGUCUGAGCCUUCGGAGUGAGGGAUGGGGACGGUGUUCAUAUUCGAUCCCGUAGAGAAAGCCCCGGGCUUCGCCGAGGAGCACGGGCCCAAGCCUUCUGAGGUCUAUGGGUUCGUCGGUGCCAUCACCACCGUCAUCGCCACCGUUAUCUUUUCGGUGUGGGCCUACACCCCUGAACCCUGGCUGCAUUAUUUGGGGAUCACCUAUUAUCCCAGCAAAACCGGACACCGGUUGAACCGGAGUACGAAGGCGUAUGCGUCCCGUAUGGAAACUAUGCUCCUCCAUCUCGUCGUAUUUCUUUUCAAGAAGAACGACAGAACCCCACGCGCUUGCCGGGCUAUAACGAUGGCGCCCGCGCGGGAUCGGCUCACAUUCGCCUCCUCCCUCCUCGCCCUCCUCAUCCUUCGUCUUCUCGCCACCGAUGCGGCCGCCGGCCUGCACUGGGCGCGCAAGCGAUCGUGCUGCAGCUUCUCUUUUCUUACGUAUCUUCUGCCGGGCCCGAUCGCCUACGCCGCCAGCAGCUGCAGUCUCCGCCCGCCGGCGCCUGCAUGGUCCUCCAGGACGAACUCCUUAGCAACAGGUAACUUGUCCUCCGGCCCUUCCAUUCCGAUCGGCUCUCCGUCCUCCGGUUCGAUCGGAUGGAUCUUUAUUAAUGUUCUUGAAGGCCCUAUAUUAGAGCAGGUACUACACCAGCCGGCUCUGGAUCGGGACGCCCUCUCAGGAGUUCGCCUUAAUCAUGGAUACUGGGAGCACCGUCAAAGUAUGUCCUGUCUUCCAACUGCGACCAGUGUGAUACGUCUCAAGCAAAUUCCUGGUGCGGACCCAAAUUACAAAGACAUUUGUUUUUCUAAUGCUGGAAGGUGACCUACAUUUGUUCUCUGUUUCAUCUUAUUGCAAAUGAAGCACUCAAAGGUCCAUGAUACUUAUUUCCUGGGAAUCUUCCAGAAUGGAUACGAUGCAAUAACACUUUUGGGGAAUGAAAGAGUUGGGUAUCGGAAAACUGUCUGAGUUGUGGGAGAAAUAGCAUAUACAGGGAGCCCCUUUGCCAGCGCCUUCAACUUCUCAUGGUGUCCCUCCAAUUCCCAACCUCUCACCAGAAUCAUCAACUAGCGGGAUACAACAUAAUGUGCUACCAGGUCUAGUUAUCUGCACCACUAGCUAACCUUUUCUGUAUGCAUUUUACUUGUUAGAAUGUUUUAAGAAACACUAAUAACUUUCUGCCUGCAUUGAAAGUUUUUUUUUUUUUUUUUUUUGGGGGGGGGGGGGGGUGUGGUGUGUCGGUUGGAUGUAAUUUGGUUGUGAAUGUUUCAAGCAAUUUGUUGCUAAACUACUGAUUGCUGAGAAUGUCUUGGAUAGUGGGGGGACACAUGAAGGUUCCUUGUUUUGAUGUUAAAGUUAUAUUGAGGAGGAAGUUGUGGUUUUCUCUUCUAAUACCAGCAUCAAAACAAGAAUGGAUGGACCACCGCCCUAUCCUCUUCUUUA